AUACUCCAUUCGAACGGAUCGCUGCAAUUUAAAUGCUCGGUUGACUGACGCUUUUCGAUUAGUUUCAUUACGAUUUUGCCGGUGAAUACAAGGUGCGCGCCACAUAGUAAACGUUGACUAUUCCGAACGUAACACAUUUGGAAUUUAUUCAAGCAUUUUGUAACAAAUUAAGCGAACAGAAUGGCAAAGGCAAUCGGUAUUGAUUUGGGAACGACAUACUCGUGCGUGGGAGUUUGGCAACAUGGAAAAGUCGAGAUCAUUGCAAACGACCAAGGAAACCGGACAACACCAUCGUAUGUGGCAUUCAAUGAUACCGAACGUUUAAUUGGUGAUGCCGCAAAAAAUCAGGUCGCUAUGAAUCCAAAAAAUUCGGUAUUCGAUGCGAAGCGUUUGAUUGGCCGUAAAUUUGACGAUCCGAAAAUUCAAGAUGACAUCAAACACUGGCCGUUUACCGUAAUCAAUGAUUGUGGAAAACCGAAAAUCCAAGUGGAAUUCAAGGGCGAACGUAAAGUUUUCGCACCGGAAGAGAUUAGCUCGAUGGUUUUGACGAAAAUGCGCGAAAUUGCCGAAGUAUUUUUGGGCAGUAAAAUUAAAGAUGCCGUAAUCACGGUGCCUGCUUAUUUCAACGAUUCGCAACGUCAAGCGACAAAAGAUGCUGGUUCAAUUGCUGGGCUAAAUGUAUUGCGUAUCAUCAACGAACCAACGGCUGCCGCUUUGGCCUAUGGUCUUGAUAAAAACUUGAAGGGUGAGAAGAAUGUGUUGAUUUUCGAUUUGGGUGGUGGUACUUUUGAUGUGUCAAUUCUGUCGAUUGACGAGGGUUCAUUGUUUGAAGUAAAGAGCACAGCUGGUGACACCCAUUUGGGUGGUGAAGAUUUUGACAAUCGUCUGGUCAAUCAUUUUGUGGAGGAAUUCAAACGCAAAUAUAAGAAAGAUUUGACUGGAAAUGCACGUGCUUUGCGCCGUUUGCGUACGGCUUGUGAACGGGCUAAGCGAACACUUUCAUCGAGCACAGAAGCUUCAUUGGAAAUUGAUGCAUUGCAUGAAGGCGUUGAUUUCUAUGCCAAAAUCACUCGAGCUCGUUUCGAAGAAUUGAACAUGGAUUUGUUCCGCUCAACAUUGCAACCGGUCGAGAAAGCGUUGACCGAUGCCAAAUUGGACAAGGGAAAAAUCGAUGAAGUCGUUCUGGUCGGUGGCUCAAUUCGCAUUCCGAAAAUCCAAAAAAUGCUUCAAGAUUUCUUCUGCGGCAAAGCAUUAAACCUUUCGAUCAACCCAGAUGAAGCGGUUGCUUAUGGUGCCGCAGUGCAAGCAGCUAUCUUGAGUGGCGAAGGCAGUUCAAAGAUUCAAGAUGUUCUUCUAGUUGAUGUUACACCAUUGUCGUUGGGUAUCGAAACGGCUGGUGGAGUAAUGACCAAACUCAUCGAACGCAAUGCUCGCAUUCCAUGCAAACAACAACAAACGUUCACCACUUACAGCGACAAUCAAAAUGCCGUUACCAUUCAAGUGUACGAGGGUGAACGUGCCAUGACCAAAGACAAUAACCUUUUGGGCACAUUCAAUUUGAACGGCAUCCCACCCGCGCCACGGGGUGUUCCAAAAAUCGAGGUCACAUUCGAUUUGAAUGCUGACGGUAUUUUGAAUGUAUCGGCCAAGGAUAACAGCACCGGUCGUCAAGAGAAGAUCACAAUUACCAACGACAAAGGCCGUUUGUCAAAGGCCGAAAUCGAUCGUAUGUUAUCCGAUGCAGAAAAAUACCGUGAAGAAGACGACCGUCAAAAGGAAAAGAUUGUCGCGCGCAAUCAAUUGGAAACUUACAUUUUCGGUUGCAAACAAGCCGUUGAAGAUGCUCCAUCUGAUCGACUCAGCGAUUCCGAUAAACAAACCGUUAAAGAUAAAUGCUCGUCGGCAAUGUCAUGGCUGGAUGCAAAUAAUUUGGCCGAAAAAGAGGAAUUCGAGCAUCAAUUGAAAGAAUUGCAACAAGUAUGCGGACCAAUUAUGUCAAAAUUGCAUGGCGCCGGUGGUGGUGGUGGCGAUCAAUCAUCGCAGUCGUCGUCUCAUCAUCGUCCUGGCCCACAAAGAGGCCCAACUGUCGAGGAGGUCGAUUGAAGAAGUCGACUAAACAAACAAAAACACUGAAUAUUUCAUAUUCCUUAUAACAUUUAGUAUUUCUCUUUUUUUUUGUUUGGUUUGUUCCCUAGCCUCAUUCAAAAAUUCAAUGUAACAUUCUUUAUCCUAUUAACAAUUACAUAAUUACAGCUUUAAUGGUGACUCGAAUUGAUUCGUGCUUAAAUUAUCACUUCGGGUAUCCAAAAUGAAUGUACUCUUUCACCGAUGAUAUCAAAUCUAUAAAUAUAAAAUCAACGAUAACACGAUCAAAUUA